ACACAUAUAACAUAAACAAAAAAUUACAGGUACAUUUAAUAGUGGUUGACCACAAAAAUUACAGGGUACAUUUAAUAGUCACCCUGUGAUUCUUCACUAUAUAUAACAUAACAGAAAAUUACCAAAUAUUAAUUAGAAUUAAACCCACCAAAUGAAUAACUGUUAUUCAUAAUUGUGAUACUUUAAGAUUGUCAAAUUUUAAACCUGCCAAAAUUAAAUUCCGGUACGUCUAUCAUAGUAUGUGAGACAUGUUCACAUUUUAUAUAAACCGAUGAUAGCAUGCUCUCUCCUUCACAGCUUGCUAAAUCAAAGUCAUUUGGUAUCAGAGAGCCCUCAUUGAUAUAUACUGGCCGCGGGUGUAGUACUGCAAUGGCUUUUCAAAAUAACCUUGUUAUAAUUGCCAUUUUAUCUAUCAUCUUGGGGGCAAUGGCACAACCCCCAGCCACGUCCAACGAUGAAGUUGAUCCCUCUACAUUUUUGAAAACAUUUGAGCAAUGGAUGGCACAGUUCGGACGCACUUACGGUGACAAUGCAGAGAAAGAAAGGCGUCUCACCAUAUUCAUGAAGAACUUGUUAUUUGUAAAUAACUUCAACAGCCAAGGGAAUAAGACUUACAAGUUAAGCGUCAACUUGUUUUCUGAUAUGGCCAAUGAAGAAUUUCUCGGACUUUACACUGGAUUUCAAGCUCCCAAUGUCACCUUAAACUCAAGCUCAUUCCGCGGACAACGUAAUAUCAAAUCUUUUAGGUACCAAGACCUGUCUGAAACUGAUGUUCCGACUAGAAUUGACUGGAGGGAACAAGGUGCUGUUACCCCCGUCAAGGAACAAGGACAAUGCAGUUCUUGUUGGGCAUUUUCAGCAGUGGCAGCAAUUGAGGGCAUUACCAAAAUCAAAAGUAACAAAUUGAUGUCACUGUCCGAGCAACAACUUGUGGACUGUAACAGAGAUCAAAUUAACAAGGGCUGCGGUGGUGGUAAUAUGGAAGAUGCCUUUAAAUACAUAAAUGACAACGGAGGAAUCACUAGUGAAGAAAACUACCAAUACAAGGGUGCAGAAGAGACAUGUGACACUACUAAGACGACUGAAUAUGCUGCCAAGAUAAACGGUUAUGAAAUGGUUCCUCCCAAUAGCGAAAAUGAUCUACUAAAGGCCGUGGCCAAGCAACCAGUCUCAGUUGCCAUUGAUGCCGAUGGAGAUGAAUUUAGGGCAUACACAAGUGGGGUAUUUUCUGGUAAUUGCGGGACAAACCUAACCCAUGCUGUUACAAUCGUUGGGUUCGGAAUGACUGAAGAAGGCACCAACUAUUGGUUAGUGAAGAAUUCAUGGGGCGAAACCUGGGGUGAAAAGGGCUACAUGAGAAUUCUUCGAAAUGCUGGUCCUCCAGGAGGUUUGUGUGGCAUUGCUAUGUACCCUUCUUAUCCAACUGCAUGA